AUGCCUAAGAGAAGCAAGCUCCUUCAGGCUCUUGAUGACCACAAGGGGAGGGAUUAUGAUGCUGAGAAGCAGAAGAAGCUAGUUAAGGCUGCGGAGAAGAAGAAGAAGGAGAAGAAGGGUAAUGUUGAGGACAAGGAUGUGAAGAUGGGAGAGGAUGAGGAGAAGACUUCCAAGUCCAAGGAGCCGGAACCCAAGACAGAUGACAAUGAAGACGCAUUUGAUGACGAGGAGGAUAGUGAGCAAGAAGACGAAGAGGAAGAAGACGAGGACGAAGAGGAAGCCGACGAAGAGGAAGACAUCCCCCUCUCCGACCUCGACGACGACGAACGCGAAGACGUGAUCCCUCAUCAACGCCUGACCAUCAACAACUCCGCCGCAAUCACCACCUCCCUCAAACGCAUCUCCUUCAUCACCCCCAAAACCCCCUUCUCAGAGCACAACUCGCUCGUUUCCAAAGAACCCAUCGACGUCCCCGACCCCGACGACGACAUUAACCGCGAACUCGCCUUCUACAAGGUCUGCCAAUCUGCCGCUUUGACUGCGCGCAGCUUGCUCAAGAAGGAGGGCGUUCCGUUUACUCGUCCCGGUGACUACUUUGCCGAGAUGGUCAAGUCGGAUGAGCAUAUGGGCAGGAUUAAGAAGAAGUUGUAUGAUGAGGCGGCUAAUAAGAAGGCUGCUGCGGAGGCGCGCAAGCAGCGCGACCUGAAGAAGUUCGGCAAGCAGGUGCAGGUUGCUAAGUUGCAGCAGAGGCAGAAGGAGAAGAGGGAGACUUUGGAGAAGAUCACUGCUCUCAAGAAGAAGCGCAAGACUGAUUCCUCCGGCCCUACUGAGGACACCAACGACCUCUUCGACGUCGCCAUUGACAACGCCGGUCAGGACGGUAGUCGCAAGCGUGCCCGUACUGACCCCAACAAGCCCGGCGCCAAGCGCCAGAAAAGGAAUGAGAAGUUCGGAUUCGGAGGAAAGAAGAGGCAUGCCAAGAGUGGUGAUGCGGCGUCUACUGGUGAUUUGCGCAACUUCUCGCACAAGAAGAUGAAGGCUGGUGGUCCUAAGAGACCGGGUAAGAGCAAGAGAGCCAAGGCACGGUCGUGA